AUGUAUGACCAUGUCGGCAAUGGUGCAUUUCCCGCGCCCCAGGGUCUCUCUCGUGCAGAACAAGCACAGGAACAGGGUGACGACUCGGACGACCCUGACUUCACCGAAGAGAACAUACGCGCUGGCCGACGACCCACACAGCCCCGGGCCCAGGUGCAGGCCUCCGAAGUGAAUCAAGCAGGGAGUAGCACAGGAUUCACCACGAACACGCCGCCUGCAAACUCUCAUGGGUCCGCAUCGGCAUUCCAUUCCACCUCUGACAGCUUCUACCAUGGACGUAUUUUCGUCUCCAUCUGCUGUAUCUCCACCUGCAUCUCAGACAGCGCUCCAAAGCGAACGUCUUCAGAGCGGGACGAUGAUGACCAAGCCGAGGACGUGGAUAUAGCCGCAGAACGCCGCCAUAAGCGGAAGCAACAACACAACGCAAACAGGCCACGCUAUCGGGAUUCCCGUGGAGACGAUGAGUUGAGCACCCUCCUUGACGUUGUGAAGAACGACCUGCAGGUACAUUUCGUCACCGUCACUCCCUUCCCAAGCAAGAGCGAGCGUGACACGAUCAUUCAAGCGAAGUACAAGGAGGGAUUGAUCACUUGCAGCGUCGAUGAGGCAAAGCACCCACUCGUCAAGGAUAGGCUCCGUUUGCUUCGCCAAGAGGAGUCGAACAUGCGCAGCCGUCUCAAGCGCAUCGUCAUGUCGAAGUUGCACAACAAGUACAACCUCCACGUGGAACCUCGUUCAGCGGGUGAGGUCGAACACAAUCGCGCGUGGGUUGCCUUUCUGCUCGGACCAGAGCCGUUAAGUACAGCCGAACCUGAAGACAGUAUUGCGCUGACUCAGCGGAGUGUAUUCCAUUGCAAGGAGCCCGAGAAGCGCGUUGGGCAUUUUCAGAACUCGAUCAUCGAGGAGGUGAUAUUCGAGCUGGCAUUCAGUCACGUCAACGCGCUCGGUUGUCUAAAUCAAGAGCGUUUCAAGCCCAUCUCUCAUCCGUUGAUUGCUAGCAUCCUUACAUCAGCAAAUCUGAAACUCACCGCGCGCGAAGGCGCAAAUUGGCGCCAAACCGCUGUGCUGUGUGGUAUAUCCCUGUGCUCGCCGAUGCACAUCGACGUCGACGAGUCUGGUACGAGCACCGGUGUGCCAAUUGUGGGUGUGGACGCCGCCUGCCUCCACUUCCUCGACCCCGCCACACUCCAGUUCGUCGAUAUCCCCGAUGCGUCGUACUUGCGCACGCCCUUCGAGUCCCUCGCGGGGGUCGCUGACCUCGUCGAGUUCACCGUCCUCGACGUCGAGCCCUCCGGCCAGAUGCGCGGCAAGUCGGUUCUUGCCGACGCACAGGUCGCCCUCAGCGGCGCAUUCGCCUCCGGCGGCGGCGCCGAGGACGACGCCAUGGACGGCGGCGUGGCCUCACAGAUUCUCCACACCCGCACCCACCUCGGCGCCAUCCUCCAGCCCGGCGACGCCGCGCUCGGCUACUACCUCACCAAUGCCAACUUCAACUCCGACGCCUUUGGCUCCCUCCCCGCGCACCGCGUCCCCGACGCCUUUGCCUCCCUCCCCGUGCACCGCGUCCCCGACGUCAUCCUCGUCAAGAAGGCGUACCCCAACUGCCGCUUGAAGAAGAACAAGCCCCGUAACUGGCGCCUCCGCAGCAUCGCGAGGGAGGCCAGCGAGGAGGGCGACACCAGCGCCGACCGCGGCGUUGUCGGCCCCAUGGGUGGCCGCGACAAGAAGAAGGUCGAGGAAGACUGCGAGCUCUUCUUGCGCGAUCUCGAGGAGGACGAGGAGAUGCGCUGCGCGGUCAACCUCUAUCACGCCAAGGACGCCAGGCCGACGUUGCCGCACCCGCGCUGGCGGGCAUUGUUUCGGAGGUGGAGAGGUGCCGGGAUGGCGCUGAGAAAGCUGUCUACCUGUCUCGCAAGACGAUCAGUUCGGCGUACUAGUAUCAGAGGAGGCGAUGAUUACAAAGGCUGGAAAUGA